GGCAGGGGCUACCCGCAGAACCGGUCUCUGCGCGCGGGGUCCGAGGUGCUUCGGCUGCCGCGGUAGGAGGUUGACGUGAGUGUGACCCGUGAGUGUGACCGAUUUUCUGGAUUCGGAGCCGCCGUCUCCAGCGAAGGUAGGAGGUUGACGUGAGUGUGACCCGCGGUGUUGAUCCCCUGCAAACUGGACGUGGGGAGAAUCUGUAAACGGACUUGCUGGAGCAAGGGGAGGCUGGGAUCCUGCCAUGGCUGCAAAACUCAAGAGAGAUUUUGGCGAUGAAGCCCCUGCUAAACCCACCAGAGCUUCCCAGCUGGGUGGAAGGGCCCAGAGCACUAGCGUGCAGGCCAGCAAGAAGUCCUUUCUGAAGGAUGAUUUCAUCAGCAAACUCCCUGCAGAGGACACCGGAGCUGCAGAGGGAUCCGGUGCCUCCGACGCGGACACACAGGCUGUGCUGCAGACCCUGAAGGAUAUAGAGGAGAUGGAAGCCUAUCUCUUGGGAAUAUCGAAACCCAGUUCUGGGCCACGGAAGACAAGCGUGAAAGGUGCUGGGAAGCACGACUCCUUGGAAGGAGCUGGGAAACCACCAACUCAUGAAAAAGAGCCACCCCAGACACCCCUGCACACCGCGACCCCUGUCCAGAGGAGGAGGAGGCAGGAGCUCACGCUUGAAGAGGAUGGUGACGACCUGCUGAAUGCGCUGGGGCUUGGCAGUGGUCUGAAAGGAGAUGGGCAGCAGGGAAAGAAGGCCGGAGAAGAGGAGCUGCGGCCAGCCCGCUCCAAGCUGGACGAGUUGCUGGGACGAGGCUCCAUGGCCAAAGUCCUGGAACAGUCAGUCAUGGGAAACCGUAAAGAGUUCCAACUGGGUAAGAAGUACCAAAAGCAGCCAGAGAAGGAAGAGGGUUGUAAGGAGGAGGAUUUUGUCUUUGGAGCUUACCAGCCCUCAGUGGCCUCCACAGUGAAGCACCGGCCAGCGAGGAGGCCGUCUGUAAGGCAGACGGCCACCUCCACAGGAGCCCUGCAGCAGGCAGCUGCCUCGCAGGAGAAGGUAGCGACUGCAGACGGCUCCAGGCAGCCAAUCCCCUGGCUCAGCACCCCGAAACCAGCCCCAGCUCACCCAUCAGAGGCUGCAAACAAGGUUCCCUCCAGAGACACCAGUGCACUUGUCCCCACAGCCCUGAUCCUAGGAGAGCAGGAGACGCCGAGCUCUCAGGUGGCCACCCCCCGGGCACAUCUCCAGGCUGUCCCGCAGCAGCAGGUCCGGACACUGGAGCUGGAGCAGGCGCAGCACAGACUGUUGCUGGAGAGUCUCCAGCAGUGGCACCGCGAGGACCUAGAACUCUUCGAGAGUGCCCACAGGAGCUGGGUGAAGGUGAUGGAGGAGACCUGCAGGCAGCGGGAGGAGCGGCUGCGGCAGGAGAAGGAGCAGCUGAUGGCUCAGCUGCUAUCGCAGAGCCAGGACGCGGAGCAGGCACAAGCAGAACUAGUGGCACAGCACCAGCAAUGCCUUGCCACCCUGGAGCAGCAGCGCACACUGGAGCUGGAGCAGCAGCGCACACUGGAGCUGGAGCAGCUGCGGGAACUGCAGAGGUCUCUGAAUGGCGUCAUUGAGCAGUUCUCCAGUGACCUGCACAACCUUUUGCACAAGGUGGAGGCCAGGCACCACAGUACCGGGCAUUGCGACCAGCAGCUCAAGGUGCUCCAGGACUGGAUGUCACAGCAGCAGAGGGACAUGGAGGAGAGGCUGAGCCAGAAGGCUCAGGAGGUGAUUGCGAGAAUGGAGACCAGGCUGGGUGAGCACACUCGGCUGCUGGAACAGAAGCGAUGGAGGGCAACAGCAGAGCAAUCCGAAGUGGAAUCGCUGCAGCACUUGCUGAAGGAGCAGGGGCAAAUCAUGACCCAGCAGCUCUCCAUAGAACGAGCAGAACUGGAGAGGGCAAAGAGUGCUUUGCUGGAGAAGGAGAAGUCAGUGAUGCAGAAGUGCUCAGAGGAACGACAGAAGCUGGCAGCGGAGUGGGCCGAGGUUCGCACCCAGCAGCAGCUGAGCAAGGAGUGGAUGAAGCAUGAAGUGGAGCGCACCUUGCAGAUGCACUCCCAGAGAGAGGGCACCAUCCUGAGCCUGGCCAAGGAGCAGGCAGACCUGAAGAUCAGGAGCCGUGAGCUGAAAGCCAAGGAGGAGCAGCUGGCAAGGGACAGGGAGCUGCUGGAUGAGGCCUGGCGGGAGCUGAGGCUGGAGAAGGAGAAGGUGAACAGGUCUGCACUGCGCAUCCAGCAGCAGGAAGAGAAGAUUAAAAGCAUGACCAAUCUCUCAUCGCAGAAGUAUGACGAAGGGGAGCGAGCCUUGCGGGAAGCCUGCAGGAUGGAGUCGGAGCAGCAGAGCAGGCUGCAGGUCACGCAGCAGCACCAGCAUCUGCAUGAGGCAAAUACCCCCUCACCUGCCCAUCUUGGCCUGGGGCCACCGUGCCAAGGACCUGAACCUUUGCCAACAGCUUCUCUCUCUCCUUUCUCCUGGGGAUGGGGCAUGGCUUACCAGAGGCAACAGCUCCAAAACCUAUGUGACGAUCUGCCCAGCAACUCCGCGAUGCUGCUUACCACAGAGCAGGACCUCAGUGCUCCUGUGAGAGGCCUCUCCACACUGUCAGCAGCAGCACCACACAGCUGGGAGGCUGUUCCACGCCUUCCGCCUCCUCUCAGGACGCUCCCUCAGCACAGCAUGGGGAGGAGCAGGGAAACCUACAUCAACCUGGAGCUGCUGAAGUUCCAGGCCCAGCAGGACCACCUCUUCCUCGAGAAUGAGCAGUUCUUCCUGGAGAGCCUGAAGAAGGCACCCUACCACACUGCCCCGCACUCAGGCUGAGCUGGGAGCCAUCGUCCCGUCCUCACAGGGGGCCGCUGCGCCCCCGUCGGGGAGGAAAGCAGAGAAUAAAGA